CGAGGCCUGUCUGCAAAGCGGAAGUGAGGAGGAAAACAACAGCGGCGGCGGCGGCGUCGACUCUCGGUAGUUGAGCUAAAAGGGAGAAACCCUCGCGGGACACGUCGACUUCACGGUUCCGUUCAAGUGCCUUAGGUUAGUUUACGGUGAGUUCCAGAGGUUCCGGUUUUCACGAUGUCGUUAAUCGCGAAGAUCUUCGGCGGCGGUGGGAAAGGUGGGAAGGCGCCCACCACCCAGGACGCGAUCCAGCGGCUCCGGGAGACCGAGGAGAUGUUGUCCAAGAAGCAGGACUUCCUCGAGAAGAAGAUCGACCUGGAGCUGGCGACGGCCAAGAAGUACGGCACGAAAAACAAGCGAGGAGCUCUACAGGCCUUGAAGAGAAAAAAGCGUUAUGAGAAGCAGCUGGGUCAGAUUGACGGGACGUUGUCAACCAUCGAGUUCCAGAGAGAGGCGUUGGAGAACGCUAACACCAACACAGAAGUGCUUAAGAACAUGGGCUUUGCCGCCAAGGCAUUGCAGGGCGCACACCAACACAUGGACAUAGACAAAGUAGAAGAUUUGAUGUCGGACAUCACAGACCAGCAGGAAUUAGCUCAAGAGAUCUCUGAUGCCAUUUCCAGACCAGUCGGCUUUGGAGAAGAGUUUGAUGAGGAUGAGCUCAUGGCUGAGCUGGAGGAUCUGGAACAGGAAGAGCUGGACAAAAAUCUUCUGGAAAUCCAAGAAACAGACGAUGUCCCUCUACCCAGCGUACCAUCUACAUCUCUCCCUGCAAGACCAGCCAAGAAGAAGGAGGAAGACGAAGACGACUUCUCGGAACUCGAGGCCUGGGCAGCUAACUAAGCUAGCUUGCCAUUCCAGCUAGCUAGCGCCCCUCUCCGGUCUGUUUCUGUGCCACCAGACUGGUCCCAUUCAUCUGGAGGACAGACAGAGACUCUGGGCUUAAAGUCGACAUCCCAAUAUCUAACCAUACCCCCCGCCCUGAAGUAUGCACUUGUGCUGAUGUGAACCCAGGCUGUUCUCUUCAAAUUAAUGUUAUAAUAAGAAUCUCUUUGCUCCACCUGCACACUCCUCUGUAUCUGAAGGGCAUCGAGCAUGAAAAGUAAAUGUCGUGCCCUCGCAGCCUGUGGUUAUGAUUAUCAAAAUGCUCUUUUUAAGAAAGAGAGUGCCCGAAUGAGCACUUAGGACCGGAGCUUGCAAGUGCAUACUUCUAGGGAAGGGUGUGUGGAGGAACACGACAAUGCUUGUUUCUGGGAGGAAUGUGAAAAAAUAAUCAAAAGAUGUGUGGGAAGAAAAAUCUGAAAGACGACGUGACUCAGCCAUUUCUCUGCUUCCUGUGCUGUCAUGUCUCUGCUCUUCUGAGGUGGUGACCACAUCCUCCAUCAACACCAUCUCUGCUAAAUCUCAACAAAAGGAUUCAUGAUGAAAGUGUGGGACUUCCUUAUUGAAACGUCACUGUCAAACCACAAAACAACACAUCACAGAUAUGUAACAGUGCAGUAAGACACCUGGUUAUUAGAGAAUCUGUGAGCCAUAUCUCGCACUGCCGAAGUGCCCUUGGGCAGCUUCUUGUUUACUUAUCUAGGGCCAUGUUGGUCCAACCACUUAAAAUACUAAAAUGUUGUGUGAGGAGAGAGUAAAAAUAGAUGAAAACGUUUAGAGUACCAGUGAUGCCAGUGCUCUGGCUCCACUGAUGAUCCUUAACCACCAUGGUCCCCUUUGCCAAACAUUGAAAAAGUGAAAAAUGGUUCAGUCACGACUCUCACUGGAUAUUAGAAGCUUUCAACCUCAUUUUUCAAAAGCAACUAAUUAUCACUGCUAACGUGCUAAUGCUCGACUUUGCCAGAGACUUUGGUUUCUAAACUUCAAAUCAAGUCGAUGACACUGGCAGAUAAGAGCAGACUAAUUAAUAGAGAGAGUCAUUUGCUCUGUGAACCUUAAAAAAUAUCAUGAAUAUUCCACAACAAAAGCAAAAAUGAGAUAAAAUCAAGAAAACUAAAUUUCUUGGAUAAUCCUGUAAAAUCCUGAUCUGACCCGUGAUAACUCCAAUAAGAUUGAUUUUAUGAAUUUAUUAUCUAGGUACAAAAUCAUAUUAUUUUUAUUAUAUUUGGACAAUUUAUACAUUGCUGUCAAGAUGGUGCAGGUACGAGUGGCCGCUAGAGGACACAUUACAAUGCUUCCGUUUGUGAAUUUGAAAUUCCCUCGUCUGUGGUUUAACAGUGACGUCUUCUGAGAGAAUCCCACACGUGUUGAAUUGUAAAGAUUCUGGGCGUGAGCGAUGUUUCCUCGGCCCCAUGACACAGUGACCUCCUGUGAUUAUCACAUCAACUCAAGACGGUGACCUGGAUUUCCUUUUUUUUCUUCCUUCUUUUACUAUUAACUCACCUGUAGUGAAAAACGUUUGAUUUGAACAUUGAACAACACACGUGACAUGUGUUGGCCCUCAUGGAGAAAAGGAGGAUUUGAGCGAGUCCAGCUGCUGCUCACCGCCCUGCUACUUAUGCUGUAAAGCCACACCCCCCUCCUCCCAUCUGCAAACACAUUUAUGCAUGGACGGACUGAGGUCGGCCCAGAUCCAACAGCUGGUUGAGUGUGAACAUAUUUUUAAAAAAGAAGGAGCAAUUAAAAACGUUUCUCAUUUUUGUAACGCUAAAGUCAGUGGGUCGACCUCAACCCUUUAUAUUUAACAACAAACUAUCGAGAAGAAGUGUAGAUAUGAUGCCAAUGGAGUUUGUUUUUCUUUUUCCUGUGUGUGUGUGUUUUGGCUCAAAUAUUACUCAUGUGCUAUCUGGCUGUUCAGAACAGUGUGACCAGUAGCCAGUUCUGCUCAGAGCUCUACAAAGGGUUGGACAUCGGAGAUUGUUUUUCCCCGUGUGGCAACCAUGUUGCUCUGUGACUGUUGUCAAUGUUGGGUUGUAUACACUUUAUCUUAAUAAAGUUGGGAUUUAAUGCAAA